UUCUCACAUCUUAUCCUAAAAUUCAUCUUCAAAUAAAGAUAGAGUGACACUCCACUCUCAAACACCAUGUCUUGUGCUUCAUUUUCACUUUCCUUUCUUCACAACGCUUGUGCUGAUAACAAGCAGUUUACUUUCCAAGUUCGUCCUAAAUUGGUGAUACAAACAAUUGAAGCUAAGGCUAAAACAAGAAGGGAAGAUAGAACUGCCCGACAUAUUCGUAUUCGCAAGAAGGUUGAAGGGACAACCGAAAGACCAAGAUUAUGUGUCUUCCGCUCCAACAAGCACAUUUAUGUUCAAGUCAUCGAUGACUCCAAGAUGCACACAAUGGCUUCUGCUUCAACGAUGCAGAAACCAAUCUCUGAGGAAUUUGAUUACUCUGCUGGUCCCACUGCAGAAGUGGCAAAGAAAGUAGGGGAAGCUAUAGCUAAGGCCUGUCUAGAGAAAGGGAUCACGAAAGUAGCCUUUGAUCGCGGAGGUUAUCCUUACCAUGGACGGAUUGAAGCUCUCGCUGAAGCUGCACGAGAAAAUGGCCUUCAGUUUUAGAAAGUGGUUUCUUUGUUCUUAUUUUUUUGUUUGUGCAAAUGACCUUUUUUAAUCUUCCUAUUUGUUCCAGUUUGUAAAACUCAAUGAGUAACAAGGGAUGAACUGGAGUCUGGAUGUAUGAGAUCUGCAAUUCUUUUGGUUU